AUGAUUAUUCCAUCGAUUCUUAUUUCCUGUAUUAUUCUAAAAUCAUCUGCUCAAAUUCUACAGCUAGAUGUAGGAAAAGUGCAAGGAUUUGACUAUCAAACUACUAAAGGAGAUACUGCAGAAGUCUACCUGAACAUUCCUUAUGCCUCUCCUCCAGUGGAAAAUCUUAGAUUCAGGCGGCCUAGACCUGCAGUGGAGUGGAGUGAAAUUCGUGACGGAAAAGCAUUCGGCCCAGUCUGCCAUCCGUUGGUGAAAGAAGCAGUGCCUUCUGGUGCUCAAGCAAGUGAGGAUUGCCUCACUCUCAACAUUAUUCGACCCAAAAAACAAGUACCUAUC